AUUAGUUGGAAAUAAAUACCAGUCUGUCUGUUCGGCACCACAACAAAUAACAGGUGCCCGUAAAAGCUAAAUUGCUGAUUAUAGCCGAUUAUUUAAGAAUAUCUUACCUAAUUAUUAUGUUAGACACUUCUAAAAUAUAAAUGUUUGCUGACGAGAGUUUGGAUCCAGUGGAAUUCGGAUCAGCAUGGCGCAAAGAAAGACUAGUGUCGGAGCAAGGAUGUCAGACGAGGGACUUACAAACUGAGGAGAGUGAGGUUCAGGCCAUUGAACGUGCUGAUGUUGAAAUUCAGACAGAUCUUGGUGUAGAUCUUGACUAUGAUAUAGAACAAGAUGAUUCCCCUGAGUUGGCCAGGUUCCUUGCUAAAGUAGCUCCUGAGAUGUGUAAACAGUUAGACCAGAACUCACGCAGUCAUGCAUUUGAUGGCUAUGAUAUCAACUGGGAUGAGGAAAAUCUUGCAGUUUCUAGUAUCCACACACUUUCCUACCCAGAAAUGGAACAGCUGAAUGUAACUGCGCUGUCUUGGAACUCUACGGGAUCAGUGUUAGCUGCAUCAUACGGCAACCUAAACCAUGAGGACUGGUGUACACACAAAUCUGCCCUCUGUACCUGGAAUCUGGACAGGAGAACUGUAGAGCCUAAUAAGCCUGAUACUGUCAUAGAUCUGGCCAGCUGCCUUAUGUGUAUAUCAUUCCACCCUCUACAACCUAGCUGGAUCCUGGGAGGAACAUUUGAUGGUGAGGUUAUAGUAUGGGACACAAGCAAAGACACUGAUAUGAUAGUGGCUACAACAGGAAUAGGUGAUGACUCUCAUAGGGAACCUGUCUCUAAAGUACACUGGGUACAGGACCCUGGCUCAAAAGGAAAGCGUUAUAAUAUCUGUAGUGUUAGCAGUGAUGGAAAGAUUCUAAUAUGGAAAAUGGACCAGCAACACGGUACCCUCAAACUAAAGGAUGGGCAUAUAUUACUGACAGAGAGCCUGCCUCGCAGCAUGAGGGUGAGGGCUAAAAGAGGAGACCAAGAGAUGGGAGUGACAUGCAUAUCAUUCAGUAAGGAGGAUAGUGAAACAUUUGUGAUUGGUUCAGAGAGUGGAGGACUUUUCAAGUGUUCUUCCAACUUCCGAGGAACUCCUGCUGGAAGAAAUGUUACAUGUUCAGUUGACCUGAGAUCCCCAGUGACUUUCACCCUACAGCCUCAUCAUGGUCCUGUGUACAGUGUGGACCUGUCACCCUACCACAGGAACCUGGUGUUAUCCUCAGGCACUGAUACAACUGCUAGAAUAUACAGCAUGCUACAGGCACAACCUAUUGUGACCAUAGAACCAGGUGCUGGCUAUCUGUUCUCAGCUAAGUGGUCUCCUGUACGUCCUCUUGUGUUUGCGGUGGCAACAGAGGAUGGCCAGCUAUUACUGUAUGAUCUCAAGUCUAACCAGGCUACUCCUGUACACAAACUACCUGCCAGUCCAACCAAGCAACCAGUUUAUACAUUACAGUUUAACCAGCAUCAACGUCAGCUGCUAGCAACUGGUGAUGGUGCAGGUGUGAUACAGGUGUGGCAGCUAAGUGAUGACCUAUCAACACAACAACCAAAGGAGGUUGAAACAUUGGCUGAGGUGGCUGAACUUGCAUCUGAGUAAUUAUCUGAGAACAAUUGACUCUCAUGUGAAAUAUUCAAAUACACAGAGAUUGGGAUUCCCUCAUAGGCCGAGAUCGAAAAAUUGUGCAUAAUAGCUAUCUCAGACGAAUCUGUUUGACAAGAUAUGAAAUUAUUGUACUAGUCUCGUAUUUUUCAAUCUCAACCAACACAGGAGUCAUUUUCUAACUUGAAAAUAUCUCAUAUAAAAUGGUCCUACUCUCUGGAGAAUACUGAGUUCUAUCUACGAUUGCUUCAUCCCCAAAAGUUGUCUUACUAAAGCUGACUGAUACUUGUGAUGUGUUGACAUUGUUUUACCAUACCUAUAAUGGGACCAACAACGUAAUGCAUGGAUAUGAACAAUAUUUUGAACACUCAUAUGUUUUUGAAUCUCAAAUACGAUUUGGUUCUCCAGUAUGUGCAUAUCCAGGUAAAGAAAAGUGACAAUGCCCUAUUUUUAUGCUAUACUGCUCAUUCUUGUACACAUUUUCAUAAAUGAUAGAAUAUUGAUAUUUUCGAAAUUAAGUUUCCACCCAUGUUGUAUCUUCGAAACUGAGAAACAAUCGAAAAUUGUAAAAUUUUGAACAAUAAAAAUAAUAGAAAAUUCAUUAGAAAUUAGUGCACUUUUUCACUCGACUUUACCU